UGGAAAGUAGGAUUGUGAGUUUGUCUGGCCGAACACAUGAGAAAAAGAGGAAAGAAGAUGAGUGGAUCAAAGAGACGUGACAAGGGUUAAAGAAUGUGGAUCAGCACCACAAGACCGGAUGUGUCUCACUUGAACUGGAAACCGACAAGACUAGAAGAAAGAACAAGUACAGCAAGAACAAGGUGCAAGAGACAGAUAACUUGCCUGAACAAGAAGCAGCUAAAGGAGAGGCAUGCUACUCCUCACCCAAGGAGGGAGAGAAACCCUGAGUCAAACCUAGCAGACAGGAAGGUUGUGAGCAGGAGGUCAGCGAGGUAAAAGAAAACACUAAAAAGCAGAGAGGCAAAAGAUUAACACUCUAGAGGGAGAGAAAGAGAGAGAGUGAGCGAGAGAGAGAGAGAGUGUGAGGUGGAGGUUGAGCCAAAGAGUGGGGAGGAAAUCUGAAAACGGGGGCAGAAAGCAGAUGACGAGUGAGUGUUGAGCAAGCAGAGAGCGAGGCAGAAGGUGAGGGGGCCUCCGGGUGAAGUUAGCAGGAAGUGAGAGGAAUGAGGGGACUGCUAUCAUUCUUCUCUUUGGUGAUCACUCUCUUCUUUCUGGGGAGCCUGCUGACCACUCUCAUCUGGUACAUGGCCGACAACAACAAUGUGGACCCUGAAAGACCACCUCCUCAAAAGGAAAGUGCCCCUCCGCCCACUGACAUUUGUAAAGGCUGCAGGGAAGUCAUCAACAAAGUUUUAAAGCAUUACUCUAAAACCUGGAAGAAGCAGGAGGACAAUUACCAAAAGUUCAGAGCUCAGCUGAGCAACAAGUGCCACGGCUCUGACAAGGCCAUCAUUACCCAGGCCAACACUCCGGUGGGAGCAAAGCUUGUGUACGACGGAGAAAAGAAGAAGAUCCUCCAGGUGACCCCGGAGAUAUUCAGCACCUUUGCAAAGGAGCAUCCGUUACAAAACAAAAAAUGGGACACAUGUGCUGUUGUUGGGAACGGUGGCAUCCUGACCAACAGUACCUGUGGAAAGAGAAUCGAUUCAGCUCAGUUUGUGAUCAGAUGCAACCUACCUCCCUUGGACAAAGGCUAUGAGAAACAUGUGGGCAUCAAGACUGACCUUGUCACAGCAAAUCCAAGCAUCCUCAUGGAGAAAUACGGGGCUCUGAUGGGGCGUCGGCGUCCGUUUGUGGAGAGUCUGCGUACCUAUGGCAACGCCCUGUUGCUCCUUCCCGCCUUCUCGUUCGGCUUCAACACUGCUGUGUGCUUGCGGGCUGUCUACACCAUUGAGGACUUUGAGAGGCGCACACAGACUUUAUUCUUAAACCCAGAGUAUCUCAAGAAUCUGGCCCUCUUCUGGCAAUCCCAAGGCCUCCGAGCACUCCGGCCCAGCUCCGGUCUGAUCAUGGCCAGCAUGGCGCUGGAACAAUGUGCCAAUGUGCAUCUGUACGGGUUCUGGCCCUUCAGCAAUCACCCACAUGGACUCCAAGCCCUGACUAACCACUACUACGAUGAUAGACAACCUAAAAAGGUAUUCCAUGCCAUGCCAGCUGAGUUUGAAUUGUUGUUGAAGCUGCACAGUCAGGGGGUGCUCAGGCUUCACCUGGGAGAUUGUCAACCAGGUGAAACAUAAUUCCCAGAACGAGGAGCUAAGUGCCUUGUUUGUAGCCCAGUUGCAGUCUUUCAUAUUAUUUUGAAUGAAUGGACAGAUAGUUUUGGGCUGAUGAAAUGUGUCCACUUAAGGUGAAGGCUUGGACUAACAGUGAACAGCAAAGACAUUUGCACUAAAAUCAAAAUGCAACAAUUUAAAAACUGUAAACAUGAUAGCGUUGCGAUGGAUCUAAACUGUAUUUAUUAAUACAAAUAUUCCAGCUGGAGUCUGGAGGGAGUUAUUUUGAUAUAAAUGGGAAUCCCUUGUGGGAGUCGACAUUGUAGUGCCUUCUUUUGGAUCAAACUGAAUGUAUUUUGAAGAAAUUGGAAUACCUCCUUUACGUGAAUAUUGUCGGACUAAAACACUUUAACAUUUAAUGAAGCUGCACAAUGAAUGUAAAGAUUCUUUUGACAUUUAUUUGUUAAAAAGCGCGUAGCACAUUUAACCACGUAGAACAAUAUUCUAGGAACUAUUGAGGGUAAAUGUAUUGUACUCACACACUGUAAUCACACAAUUGUGCUGGUUAUGGAAGAUAAUAACUGGAAACUACUUCUCACUUCAGGUCAUUGAUAACUGGAUGUGAUGCAAACACGAGGUAAAUCUCAUAUGGUACAAUGGAAACCAACCAUUUUUAAGCUUAUGUAAAUGAAUAAUUUAAUGUAAGGUGAUAUAAUGAUUAGGAAUUGUGCACUUUGGGGGAAUAUAAUAACCUUUGGUUUGGAAGUAACAUUUGCAUCAGGACUUGGGUGGCUCUUGUUUAACGGGGAGUACUGCCUUUCAUGGUGAGACUUAUAAAGUGUUAACAGUGAUUUUUGUCUUGAGCCAGUUUUAGAAUCAUGUAAUUAUUUUUCUUUUUUUCCUGUAACAUCGAGGUGAAAGGGAAUAUGAAAUAAAAUGAAUCAGCAAAUAAAUAUU